UUACUCGUCAAUACGUUUGUUUUUCUCUCAACCAUUUUUCUCUUAAAUGCCCUUUAUAUCUCACCAAAACCUUCUUUCUCUUGCCUCAAUUUUCUAAACCCAAACACCCUUUUGUCAUAAAGGAUUCAAUUUAUGAUAAAAAAACUCAAAUUCUUUUCUACUUCUAUCCCACAAAAAUGCUUCAAUUGUUCUUCACAGUUGCUUUCUCUGUUGUUCCUUUGACUCUCUAUAUUCCACCAAUCAGAAGCUUGAAUCUCUUUGUGGAAACCAUGGAAUCUGUUAUGAGAGAAUCAACAUCAUAUAGCAACAGGGUUUAUCCUCGUUUAAGGAUAGCUUGGUCUAGGAUUUUGAAUUGUUUGCUAUGCAACAACACAAGGUAGAUUUCAUCCUAUUUUCAAUAUUAUCAAAAACUCUUCUUACCUAUGUUACCAAACAAUAAUACUAGUACAUAUUUUUUUUGUUUUUUAUUAUAAGUUAUUAGAUUCUUCUUUAUCAUGAGGUUGUUUAUGUAUUUGUGUUGAUCUUGUAAUAAUUCUAUGUAACUUUGAAUAAAAUAAUAAAAUUUUAUGUUGUUCAUUCA